AUGAGCAUUAAACGCGUCCACGCUCGUUAUAUUUACGAUUCUCGUGGUAAUCCAACUGUUGCGGUUGAUUUAGAGACAGAUAAAGGACUUUUCCAAGCUGCUGUUCCUAGUGGAGCUUCGACUGGCAUCUAUGAGGCGCUUGAGCUUCGUGAUGGGGACAAGACUGUCCAUCAUGGGAAGGGAGUGCUUAAAGCUGUUGACAACGUCAAUUCUAAGAUAGCGCCAGCGCUCAUCGCUAAGAACUUUAAUGUCACGGAUCAAGCUGCUAUUGACAAGUUUUUGAUUGAGCUUGACGGAACCGACAAUAAAGGAAAUUUUGGUGCGAACGCCAUUUUGGGAGUUUCACUUGCGGUUUGCAAGGCAGGCGCUGUUCACAAAGGAGUUCCUCUCUACAAAUACAUUGCUGAGUUGGCUGGCAUUCAAAAGGUUAUUCUUCCUGUUCCGGCUUUCAAUAUGAUUAAUGGUGGUUCUCACGCUGGAAAUAAGUUGGCAAUGCAGGAGUUUAUGGUUAUUCAUAAACGUUAUGGCCUUGAUGCAACUGCCGUUGGUGAUGAGGGAGGAUUUGCUCCAAACAUUCUUGACAAUAAUGAGGGGCUGGAUUUGCUUCUUGAAGCUUUUAAGGCUAGUGGACUUGCUGACAAGGUGAUAAUUGGUAUGGAUGUCGCUGCUAGCGAGUUCUACAAAUCUGACGCGAAGAAAUACGACCUUGACUUUAAAAAUCCCAAUUCCGAUCAAACCAAGUGGUUAACUGGGGAUCAAUUGGCAGAUGUUUAUAAAUCGUUCAUUGCUAAAUACAACGUCAAGUCGAUUGAGGAUGCUUUUGAUCAGGAUGAUUGGGACAAUUGGAGUAAGCUGCUUUCGCAAACUGACAUUCAAUUAGUGGGCGAUGAUCUUACUGUGACAAAUCCAAAGAGAAUCAAGCAAGCUGUUGAGAAGAAAGCGUGUAAUUGUCUUCUUUUGAAGGUCAAUCAAAUUGGAACUGUUACCGAAUCAAUCGAAGCCGCGACUUUGGCUCGUAGCAAUGGCUGGGGUGUUAUGGUUUCUCACCGUUCUGGAGAAACUGAGGAUACAUUCAUUGCGGAUUUGGUUGUUGGCCUUGCUACUGGACAGAUCAAAACUGGUGCUCCUUGUCGUUCUGAGCGUUUGGCCAAAUACAAUCGUAUCAUGGUCAUUGAAGAUGAGCUUGGUGAUGGGGCUGUCUACGCUGGGCAGAAUUAUCGAAAGCCUUGA